AUGUCCCGCGAGGAAACCAGGUUCAAUCUGGAUAUCUCCAGCGACACGGCGAAAGAAGCCAGGCAGCGCGGAAGAACUUCCCAGAAAUCCCGUGGAAUACAUCCCAGUAGCGGAAACCUUGAUGAGAUGAAGCUUGCUGGCCCCGCUGAGGAGGAGCUUAUGAUCAAUGCGGGCAGGGAAUCUCAGAAGAAAAAGGAGCAGAACCGAAACUGGGUCGGGGCUACCUACAACAACCAAAUUGCUCAGCUUCCAUUUGGGCUGAUCCUGAAGUGGUCCGAUGGUACUCGGAUAGAGGAAGUGUUGACCAUGCAGGUCACCAGAAGAGCGGGUUUUCCAGUUCCCAGGGUCAUCUGCUAUGGGGAACACCCAGAUACCGCGCAUGCACCAGUAUCAAUUCUUAUGACUCGCGUCCCUGGCGAUGAGCUUGGCCGAGUAUACAAAACGCUUAGCGAGACGGACCGGAACUCGAUCCUACAGCAAUUAAAGGGCUAUCUAGAGGCGAUGCGGAGAUGGCGAAACCCCUGGGGCGGUAACAGAAUGUGCUCUCUCUUAGGCACUGCAGUCAGGAGUGUCCGCAUACCCAAUCAUCUCGCUGGUCCAUUUGAGACGGAACAGGAGUUCAACGAGUAUCUUCUGAGCCCGGCUUGGGCGGGUGGUUUCCAAUCAGAAUCGGAGUACAAGAAUGCACUCGAUCGCGCAAAGAAAAUGGGGGAGAUGUCUCACCGCAUUGUUUUUACGCACGGCGACCUGGCGCACCAUAAUAUCAUGGUACAGGGCGGGCGGAUCACUGGAUUUCUGGACUGGGAGGCCGCAGGCUGGUACCCUGAUUAUUGGGAUUUUACCACGCCUUUGAGGUUUGCUACACCUGAUUCGUGGUGGUAUGGCUUCCUGAUGGAACUGGGGGGAGCCUCGUACUUGGCCGAGUUGGAUUGUGAACGCGCAUUGACGUCUUUGACAAGCGCCUCCUAUUACUGGUGA